AUGAAACAAAGAAUAAGUGCCUUGGAUAUUCAAAUCCUGGCUGAGGAGCUAAGGGCUCACUUGGAAGGCCACAGAUUGUCAAAUAUCUAUAAUAUUGCUGAUUCAAGCAGACAAUUUUUGCUGAAAUUCAACAAACCAGACUCCAAGUUUAGCGUGGUAGUUGAUUGUGGUUUGAGGAUCCAUUUGACUGAUUAUGACAGGCCAAUUCCUCCAGGACCCUCGUCCUUUGUCGUGAAGCUGAGGAAACAUCUCAAAUCGAAAAGAUUGAGUGCUUUACGUCAGGUGAAAAAUGAUAGAAUCCUGGUUUUACAAUUUGCAGACGGUUUGUUUUAUCUGGUCUUAGAGUUCUUCAGUGCUGGUAAUGUGAUUCUUUUGGAUGAAAAUAAGAAGAUCCUGUCCCUACAGAGAAUUGUACAUGAGCAUGAAAACAAAGUGGGUGAAACUUAUACAAUGUUUGAUGACUCCCUUUUCAAUGUAAAUAACUCGUCACAAUCAGCCGAUCAGACGAUCAAAUCAAAGAGCUAUGACGUGGAGCUUGUAAGGGUAUGGCUUGAAGAAGCACAAUCCAAAUUCUCUUUACAAUCAUCCAUGCAGGCAGAUGCUAUGAAAGUCAAACAGAGCUCAAAGAAAAAAGCCCUUAAGCCAUUAACGAUUCACAAACUGCUGUUGAGCAAAGAACCCCAUUUGUCAUCUGAUCUACUGUCAAAAAAUCUGAAAAUGCGGAAGAUCAAUCCUUCAAGCCCCUGUAUUGAGUUCUUAGCUAAGGAAGACGUUUUGGUCGAUCUGCUUAACUACACUGAAAUUGAAUAUCAUGAUGUUCUCUCUAACAAAGACUCUCGUGGUUUUAUUUUAGCGAAGAAAAAUGUCAAUUAUACUUUAGGAAAGGAUUCUGAAGACUUGGAAUUUAUUUUUGAAAAUUUCCACCCAUUCAAGCCGUUCAUAGAAGAGCAAGAUCAGGGAAGGUCAAGAAUUACAGAAGUGCCAGGUGAAUAUAACAAGACCCUCGACACUUUCUUCUCCACGAUUGAAUCCUCAAAAUAUGCUCUUCGUAUUCAACAGCAGGAACAACUAGCGAAGAAGAAAAUAGAAGAUGCUCGCUUAGAGAAUCAAAAGAGGAUACAAGCGCUGCUCGAUGUUCAGUCCUCGAACGAACAAAAGGGACACGCUAUCAUUGCAAACGCUGAUCUAGUUGAGGAAGCAAAGAUCGCAGUCCAGGGACUGAUAGAUCAGCAGAUGGAUUGGCAAACCAUAGAGAAGUUGAUCAGAAAUGAACAACUAAAAAAAAAUAAGAUAGCCAUGGUCAUUGAUUUACCAUUGAAUUUGAAAGAAAAUGCUGUAAACAUUCUCGUUCCAGUAAGCCAUGACGAUGAACAUAACAAUGAAAGUGAGUCUGAUGAGUCUUUUGUUGAGAGUUCUUCUGAUGAAAGCGAUAGUGACGAGGGAACCGAUUCUGAUGAUAGUGAAGUAUCUGAUUUUGAAACGGAGGAAUCUCGCAAUGAAAGUCGUACUUCAAAACGCAAAGUCGAAAAUAAGUUGAAAAUAAGAAUUGAUCUUGGACUUUCUGCAUACGCCAAUGCUUCCAAAUAUUUUACUGUCAAGAAGACCAGUGCUGACAAGCAGAAAAAGGUUGAAAAGAACGUUGAGAAAGCCAUGAAGAACAUUGAACAGAGAAUUGAUAAGCAGUUGAAGCAAAAACUGAAAGAAUCUCAUAGCGUUUUGAAAAGAGCGCGGUCUCCCUACUUCUUUGAAAAGCAUUUUUGGUUUUACUCGAGUGAAGGAUUCCUUGUUCUGAUGGGUAGAAGCCCUCUCGAGACCGACCAAAUUUACAGCAAGUACAUUGAGGACGAUGAUAUCUAUAUGUGCAGUAGCUUCGAUACCCAGGUAUGGAUCAAAAACCCAAAUCGCACCGAAGUGCCACCAAACACUCUGAUGCAGGCUGGAGUUUUCUGCAUGGCUGCCAGUGAGGCUUGGUCGAAGAAGGUGUCGUCUUCACCACAAUGGUGCUUUGCGAAGAAUAUCACCAAAUUUGACCAUACUAACAAAGGUGUUCUGGACCCGGGCUUAUAUCGUAUAAAGAAGGAAAGCGAGAUGAGUCACUUGCCUCCUGCUCAACUUGUGAUGGGUUUCGGUUUUCUAUGGAAAGUGGCAAACAAAAACGGCGAUAAUGAAGAGGCUGAAGAGCCAGUUAGCGAAGGUGGCGAUGAUGAAGAGGCUGGAGAGCCAGUUAGAGAAGGUGAUGAUGAACGUGAAGAGGAAGAAGAACAUAUUACUGAAGAGAUUGCUUUUGUCAAUGAACAAGACCCGAAAGAGGCAACUGGGGAAUCUGAACAGGCUGCAGAAAUCUCGCAGAAAUUUAACGACAUGGAAAUUGAAAUUUCCCAUAAUGCUGGACCUGAAUCCAAUGCCGGCCUUACCGAUGCUACUAGCGUACUUCCUCAGAUAAACAAAGGUGUUCGUGGUAAGAAGGGGAAAUUAAAGAAAAUGCAAAAGAAGUAUGCUGAUCAGGAUGAAGACGAACGCUUAAUGAGGUUAGAAGCGCUUGGAACGUUAAAGGGUCUUGAGAAGACUCAGUUGAAGGAACAAGAAGAGUUAGCCAGACAGCAAAAUAGAGACUACAAGAAGGCUAGACGUGAGAAACAGAAAGAGUUGCAAACACUUCGGUUCACGAAGAACGAAAAAAUUAAGGUUAAUUACCAAAAAAUCGCCAGUGAACUUAAAUCAAAUCCUGACAAGGAUGAUGAAGUAGUAGAUGCUAUCCCUGUCUUUGCUCCAUGGCCUGCACUGCUGAAAUACAAAUACAAGGUCAAAGUACAACCUGGCUCUGCAAAGAAGACAAAGACCUUGAACGACAUCCUGCAUUAUUUCUGUAACCGAACUGUUGACUCCACUAUGACUGACAAGGAAGCUGAUUGGCCCAGAGAACACGAAGCUAUCACGCAAUUAAAACCACAGGACCUAGUUCUAACCAUAUGCUCUGACAAGCUAAAAGUGACUUUGCCCGGUCAAGCAUCCAGUGGCAAGGGCAAACCAAAACAGAAAAAGAAGAAAUAG